AUGGGCGAACAGCAAAUCUCAGCUACAGUGCCGCGUGAUAGAACUGAUGAACAGGCAAUCUUGGCUUUGAAGAAAGGUGCACAACUUCUGAAAUGCCGAAGAAGGGGAAACCCAAAAUUCUGUCCUUUCAGACUCUCCAUGGAUGAGAAGUACCUGAUUUGGUACUCAGGACAAGAGGAGAGGCAACUCAAAUUGAGCUCGGUUAUAACGAUUGUUCGAGGACAGAUCACGCCAAACUUUCAGAAACAAGCUCAAUCGGAUCGAAAGGAGCAGUCUUUUUCACUCAUCUAUGCCAAUGGAGAACACACUCUUGAUCUCAUAUGCAAGGAUAAAGCACAAGCAGACUCUUGGUUUAGAGGCCUUAGAGCGGUGAUAACGAAGCACCACAACAUUAGAACCUCUGCGAAUCUCCGGACCAGCAGGGGAGCUCAAAGUUGCAUCAAUAGUCCUGCAGGUUUUAUCCGCAGGAAACAGAAUCUCGGACUUCUUGAAGAGACCCCGGACUUCACUCAGAUACGCAGUGUAUGUGGAAGUCCAUCUACUUUAAUUGAGGAGCAGAGUUUAUCGAACGGGUUGUCAUGUUCUUCAGACAGUUUCUAUUCGGUUGAGUCAAAGACUUAUGCUGCAUCUGAUGCCUUUAGUCCAGUUACUUCUUACUUUGAAGCAGAUUAUAAUCUCAGGAACUCGGACUGUGACCGCACAAGUUCAGAACUUUGCAAGCAUUCCUCUCAGAGAUUUCUUGCUUCUCCUCCUCCUACCAUAACUCAACCGAUUACAAGAUCAAAUGUCCUCAAGGACAUAAUGAUAUGGGGAGCUAUAACGGGUCUAAUAGACGGAUCAAAGAAUCGGAAUGAUGCGUUAUCUCCGAAGCUUUUAGAAUCCGCCACGAUGUUUGAUGUACAAAGUAUAUCUUUAGGUGCGAAACACGCUGCACUGGUCACAAGACAAGGUGAAGUGUUUUGUUGGGGCAAUGGAAACAGCGGUAAGCUCGGGCUUAAAGUUAACAUUGACAUUGAGCAUCCGAAACGUGUUGAAUCGCUGGAGGAUGUAGUGGUUCGAUCAGCUGCUUGUAGUGAUCAUCAAACGUGUGCUGUUACGGAAUCCGGAGAGCUGUACUUAUGGGGAAUCGAUGGUGGAACCAUUGAAGAAUCAGGAAGACAAUUCUUAACUCGAAAAAUAUCGGAUGUUUUUGGCGAAUCUCUGAGUGUUUACAGUGUAGCUUGUGGCGCAUGGCACACAGCGAUUGUGACUAGUUCUGGUCAGCUUUUCACUUAUGGUAGCGGGACCUUUGGGGUUCUUGGACACGGGACCCUCGAGAGUGUUUCAAAACCCAAAGAAGUGGAGUCCUUGAGGCGAAUGAAGGUAAUAUCCGUCUCUUGUGGCCCGUGGCACACAGCUGCGGUAGUGGAAACCGCGAUCGACCGGAAAUAUUACAACGCUAAGAGUUCCGGAAAGCUGUUUACUUGGGGAGAUGGCGAUAAAGGACGGUUGGGACAUGCAGAUAGCAAGACAAAGCUGGUGCCAACUUGUGUUUCCGAGCUCGUUGAUCAUGAUUUCAUAAAAGUCUCUUGUGGAUGGACUUUAACUGUUGCACUCAGCAUUUCGGGAACGGUUUAUACAAUGGGAAGCUCGAUCCACGGGCAGUUGGGAUGUCCGAGGGCGAAGGAUAAGUCAAUCAAUGUUGUUUUAGGAAAUCUAACACGGCAAUUUGUUAAGGAUAUUGCUUCAGGUUCACACCAUGUAGCCGUGCUAACUUCGUUUGGAAAUGUUUAUACUUGGGGAAAAGGCGCGAACGGACAACUCGGAUUAGGCGACGUUAGAGAUAGAAAUACGCCGGUUCUUGUUGAGCCUUUAAGUGAUAGGUUGGUAGAAAGUAUAGCUUGCGGCUUGAAUUUGACAGCUGCUAUCUGUUUGCACAAAGAGAUCUCUUUGACGGAUCAAACCGCUUGCAGUUCUUGCAAGUCAGCUUUUGGUUUCACACGGAAAAGGCAUAACUGUUACAAUUGUGGUCUCUUGUUCUGCAGCGCAUGUAGUAGCAAGAAAGCGGUAAAUGCUUCAUUGGCACCAAAUAAAAGCAAGCUUUCUCGGGUUUGCGAUUCUUGCUUCGAUCAUCUAUGGAGAAUGACAGAUUUUUCAAGGAAUGUUAAGGUGGAAAACAACACUCUAAAGAUGCAGCUAGUUACACGGAGGGUAUCUGAUGAAUGGACAGAGAGCGAAUCAGAGAAUCAGAUGCAGAAUCUUCCACAAGCAAAUCAAUCUUCGGACAGACAACCUCGAUGGGGACAAGUCUCUGUUCCUUCUCUGUUUCAUUUCGAUAACAUGUCACUCUCGUUGACAAGUUCUCCUAUGAAUCUAUCAGUCUCGUCUAGACGACCAUCUUCUACAAAGCAUUCAACCUCUUCUGACUCGAAUAAGAACUUAAUUGAAGAAAUUGAAAGGCUAAAAGCCGAGAUAAGAAAUCUCCAGAAGCAGUGUGAACUUGGUAAUGAGAAGAUGGAAGAAUGCCAAAGAGAGCUCGAUAAGACAUGGGAAGUUGCUAAAGAAGAAACCGAGAAGUCUAAAGCUGCUAAAGAGAUAAUUAAAGCUUUGGCAGCAAGGCUUCAAACGAAUAAGGAGAAACCGAGUAAUCCUAAGAAUGGCAUAGCGUGUAAUCCUUCUCAAGUCUCGCCAAUCUUUGAUGAUGCAUUGUCCAUUCCAUAUCUCACACCAAUCACUACAACUUGUUCACAAUCGGAAAACAAACAAGUAGUCGAAAAAUGUGUAACAAAAUCCUUGAGCCGUGACAGCAACAUUAGGCUAUUAGUAGAUGCAUCCCCCGCCAUCACAAGAACAGGACAUCUCCAGAGUGGAACACAAGAAUCCACAACAGAACAAGUGGAGCAAUACGAGCCUGGUGUAUAUAUAACUUUCACGGCCUUGCCUUGUGGUCAGAAGACGCUUAAACGCGUACGGUUUAGUCGAAAGAGGUUUUCAGAGAAGGAAGCACAAAAAUGGUGGGAGGAGAAGCAGGUUUUGGUGUAUAACAAGUAUGAUGCUGAAGCAUGA